GAGGUUCCGAGCCUCACUAGAAGACGUGAUACACACAAAUCACGUCUUCUCACAUAUCUUAUGGUGUGCUCUACAAGCUAGCGACAUUUAUCAGAUGACAUUGAUUGCACAUCGUGGUUCCGCGAAACCAGGAUAGCGCAAUAAUUCUCUCAGGUGGCAUAAUCACGACAUCGCCAUGACCUUUUAGUUUUCCUCGCAUCAUUUCUACCUUUUCAUUCACACAUUCAACAUGGUCGCUGCUCCUCUUUCUCUCUUAGGUUCACUCGGAGACUUCGAGUCUUAUGACGAGACUUUGCAUAUCGGAACUCGCUUCCCUAACAAGAAUGUCCAGCUUUCCAAGCUGUUGGCUGCCCCGAACUCGGAGGAGCUCAUCAAAGACCUGGCAACUCUCGUUUCCCAUCGUGGAGUUGUUUUCUUUACAGACCAGGACAUCGGAAUCGAGCAACAGAAAUUGCUAGUUGCUCGCUUGGGCGAGCUUACCGGCAAGCCCAAGACGUCCGGUUUACACAAGCAUCCCAUCUCAGAAAGUACAUCUGAGCUGGGUGGCGAUGUUUCUGUGAUCUCUUCCAUGGGUGGGAUAUCUCGCGCGGGAUUGAAACCCGGAAAACUUGCCAGUAAUGGAUGGCACGCUGAUAUCACGUUUGAACACGUCCCUUCUGACUAUGCUAUCCUCAAAAUGCAUACGUUGCCGAAAGUGGGAGGUGAUACACUUUGGGCAAGCGGUUAUGAUGCCUAUGACAGACUUUCACCAGCCUACCAGAAAUUCCUCGAAGGUCUGACUGCGGUGCACAACGCUGAUUUCUUUGUAGAGUUAUCUCAGGCUACUGGGAUUCCUAUUCAAGACCCUCGUGGUUCUCCAGAAAAUACGGGCAGCGACUUGACUGCUAUACACCCUGUCAUCCGAACCCACCCAGUCACAGGUUUCAAGACUCUCUUCGUUAACAAAACUUUCACCAAACGCAUAAUUGAGCUUACUCAGGAAGAGUCUGACCGUGUGUUAGACCAUCUCUUCCACCACGUCGCAGAGAACCAUGAUCUACAGGUCCGUUACAGGUGGCAGAAGAAUGACGUUGCCAUCUGGGACAAUAGAGCUACUUUCCACACUGCCACUAACGACUAUCAUGAUUCUCGCGAGGGCAACCGCGCUGUCAGUGUGGGUGAACGCCCUUACUUUGACCCCAACUCUCGAUCUCGCAGAGAAGUCCUUGGUAUCAGCGUGCCAACUUGAGUCUGUUACGAACAUUCAUGAUUUUAAUGACCCAAUAAACUGCAUAGAUACACGAUUUGUUAGAGGGAUUGUUACCCUUGGUGUAGAUUGAUUCGUCACGCUUGUUUGUAUGUACCAAAGGAAUUAGAGCAUCAGCCGGUUAUGAAGCGUACCCACUUGAGUUG